AUGUCUACGGGGAAGGAAAAACCCAGUAAUUCAGCUCAGGGAGAUCCUGCAAAGGAUGAACUAGCCAAGAGACUGGAAGCAGUGGGUCUGAAUGCAGAGCACUGGCUGCCUAAACUACACAAACAACUUGGAGUUACCUCUACCCCAGCCUUGAAACACCUGCGAUAUGACGACUACCUAAAGUUAGAAUGUGACGUACAGCACACAUGGGAAAAGCAGGCGCUCCGAGAACUACUUAAGACAGACAGCAAAGCAACAAUGAAGCGGCUGCAGGAGCAACGCUUGGAGAUGCUAAAGAAGAGGCAGGAGCAGGCUAAGUCAGCACUGAAGGAGCUAAAAGAAAUGCAGGAGAAAGGCAGGAGCCGCCAUGAGGAAGCUGUAAGAAAGAAAGAGGAGGAGCUGCGGAGAGCUAUGGACAUCGCCCCAGAGUAUUGGGCACCACACGAGAAGCCAUUGAUGGAGGUGAUGGAGAAUGUGCACAAACAAUUAGACCUCCUGGAGGAGUCGGUGUCCCAGAGUGAGAAUCUCCCUGACAAGGAAGUUUUGAGAUGGGCGUCGGGAGGGCUGGCCCUGCAGGGCAUUUACCAGACCAAGAAGCUUGCAGAGAUGGUGGAGAAGCGAGAGCAGCUCAUAGACAUCCCAGAAGGGUUCGAGCUCUUUGGUCCACAGCAAGGGCCGUUGUUUGAGAAGAAGGAGUUUUCAUCGGCCGAAGCAGAGUCCUUAUUCACCAGGACCAUGGAAAAGCUGGGGAUUAGCAUCGCAGCCAAGGGUGGAUUUUGGGGGUUUAGUGGUGAAACCAGCACAGAUUAUGGCAAAGCUGAAGAAUCCAAAAAAACCCACAGGUCCCGCUCUGAACACACUUACAUUUGCACUACCAAGUACAGCUACAUCCCACUAGCCUCAUGCUACUUCCCCAAGGAUCAGCUUCGACUUUCCAGAGCGGCGCUGCAAGAGUUAAAAGAGAUCGAGCAGCUUUUGAGUCACACCCCAGAGCCAGACAAGCUCAACUUGCUGAAGAGCAGGGGCGGGAGUUUCUUCAAGAGAUUCGGGUCUCAUGUAAACCAGGGCCCCCUUCACUUGGGUGGGAUAUUCUGGUGGAAAGCGUCUUCUGAGGGAUUCCGGGCAGAGCAGCUGGAUGAGGUGAAGAAACGAACAUCUGAUGCACUCAGCUCCUAUGUUGGGGGCAGCUAUAGUGGGUUUGGUUGGAGCAUUUCAGCUGGUGUCACUGUGUCAAAAUCAGGUUCUGAAGCCUCAUUUCAGGGCACAGAUAGAAAACAAACCCAAACAGAGAUUCAGCUGUUUGUGACCAAGACAGGGGGCCCACCUGGAGUGGAUUCACUCACAGCAUGGAAAUCUGGGCUACUGGCCAGUAACAAAACCUGGUCUGUUAUUGACAGAGGCUCUCGGCUGAUUCCAGUGUGGGACAUAAUCCUGUCCAAUCACAGACAAGAUUUUAAAGAUGUUUAUCAAAUGAGCAGCAGCCUCGUACUUGCUUUUGAAGCCCUAACAAAUCUAAGUGUCAGAACAUUGCUUGGGGAGGAGUUAGCCAGUACAGUGGAUGAGGCCAGAUCAUUCUUAGAGGACAUGAAGUCCUGGGAAGUCUCUGGGGAUGAAGAACAGCUGGUGACACUGAUGAACUUCAAACAGAAGCUGAAUGAAAAAACAAGAAGCCCUAAUGUAUGGAUUAACAUCUGCCUAUCAGAUAAGGUGCUUCAAGAUUUCCUGGAAAAAACAGUUUCUCUAUGCAAAGAUUUAUCUGCCCCACAUGAGAAGUACAUCAGAUCUUUGCUUUACUGCCUUCUGGAUCCUUAUAUCUAUUCAGUUAAGAAUUUCCCCAAAUCUUCUUUCAUUAUGCAAUGGAUUUUCCAGUCAGCAGAAGAACAAGCAGAUCAAAUCAGCAGCUCUGAACUUACAGAUUUCAUUAAAGUUUUACAACAAAUGGAAAGUGAAAUGAAGGAAGUUACUGCUGCCUCUAUGAAUUCUCCAGCAGCACAGCAUGAAGCACAAAGAAAAGCUACUCUGAUUCUCAGUUUAUCCUUCCAUUCAUUACUGCAGGCUCUGAGAGACAGAGCUCAGACAGACACAGAACUGUUAUUACUCUCCGUUGCAGCCAGCACAGGAUACUGUGUGGACAGUCACACUUUUCAGUAUCUCCUCGGGUGCUCAGAAAUUAACUUCAUGUUAAAGGAAAUGCAAAGGGCACAUGAGAGAUAUUUGACCCUUAAGGAUCAGGAUAUUUCCAGAGCUCAGGCUUUCCUGCUGUUGACAGGUCUGACAGUAGCAGCUAAAAAUAAAGUUAUGACCCCCGAAGAGAAGAAGAAACGUUUGACUUUUAUUAAAGAUCAUAUGCAAAACUCGCUGUCACAAAAAGUUACUUUUGUCCUUACAAAGCACAGAGCACUCACUGAUUGGAAGGCACUGGAAAGAGACUUGAAUUUCCUUGUAAAUGGAAAUUUUGAAGCCACAAAUGAAUCUCAGCAGCAGGAUUAUAUACAGAAAGAUCUAGAAAAUGUUAUUCAAGUAAUGAAGCAGGUAAAUUCACCAAUGUCAACAGCCAAAGAAAUGCAAUCCAGAGACACUAAGACAUAUGAAUUUCCCCAAAACUCAAGGUUUCUAAAAUUAAUUCAGCGACUUAAACUUGAAAAUUACUAUCCAAAUAAAAUGGGGGUGGCAGACUUUCAGAAAAUUCCCAAAACAUCUUUACAUGACAGGUACCCCAGCAAUGGAAGUGAGAUGCCAUUUUAUUUUUUGGAUAAGCUGUUGAUGCUGGACUAUAGGGUACGAUAUUUGAUUUGCAAGGAUGACAGUAAAACAAAACAAGGCAUAGCCAAUACACUGAACACCAAAGAUGAUGUGGAUGAACCCUUAGAUAAUUUAGAUGACAUUUUUAAUGAUGAUGAUGAGGAGGAAUCUAAUGAAUUUGCUGAAAGUAAUGAAGGUCAGGUGCAUCCCAUGGACAUCCUGAUGGCAAUUUUUCACUGUGCAGAUGAUUUCAUGAGGCAAUAUAUUUCAACAAAGCUUUCUUUAUGUCAAUUUGCACUUUUGCUUUUGGUGCCAAAUCCCUGCACUUCAAAAAUAGAAUUCCCUCUUUGGUCCUUUUGCCAAGUUAACAAGAAAUGGCAGAGUCACAAGAAAUUUCAAAACAAGACCGGGAUUAGGAAAUGUAAAGAUAAAUUGAUUUAUCAAGCAGACCUACCAGUGGUGUCCUUCAUAAGAUUUGGUGCAUCUUCUUUUUCUAAAUCUCAGCUCUUAAAUACACUGUUGAGUAAGCAAAAGCAUAGUAUUUUUUUCCAUCGUCACUGUAGAGGCAGUAGUAAAAACUGCCUCUUGAUGGAAGGGGUUGUAGAAAUCACUUGGUAUUGUCCAGGUGGAAAGGAUGAUGACCAUUUUGACAAUUGCAUCGCAUUCACUAAUCUUCACGGAGAUGCAAGAGAACAUGAGCAGCAAGUCAAAUUUUUACAGGAAAUAGCUUCUGUUACUGUGGUUCUCUUGUCGGACACUGAUCGGAAUGAAAAGGGCACGAAGGUUUUACAAGACCUCCUAAAAUCCCCCAAACAUUUCAUCUUUCUCUGUAUUGACAAAGAGAGAACAUCAGUUAACAAGUUUGGAAAGCGAGUAAAAAUAGCUGUUAAGAACCAAAAUGAAGCAAAAUUAAUGGAGGAACUGACCACUGCAAUUAAAUAUGCUCUAGAAACUUCAAAUAUUUCUUGUAGUCUAGGUAAAUGUGCAAACAUUGCUCGAAAUCAUGGAUUCUGUGUUGACAAGGACAAAGGAGAGUGCAAGGAAGGCAAAGAACUGGCCAAAAAAGUAAUGGGUUUUCUGAAACAGAAAAAUAUUUUAGAUACUAAGGGCAAAUUAUUACCUCUCCAAGGAGAGUUGUGGCACAAGUGGUGUGAAAAGGAUAAAGAACGAACCCAUUUGCAGGACAAUGAGAAAAUGGGCAUUGAACAACACCUAAGCCAAAUAAAAUCAGAAAAGCAUUCAAUACGACAGGAGCAGUUACAGAGAGCAUUCCCACUGAAUGAAUUAAUGAAGUCAGUGCUUUCAGCUAUGACUUUCCCUUCCCACAAAACCAAAAUGUAUUUUUUACAGUGGCUGAAAGUAUUUAUAGCUGAUCUGUCUGCUGAUCAUCUUCCAGAGCUUCACCGAAAAUACCAUGAUUUUUGGUCACAAAACCAAAGAGGAGGAAAUAAUGACUUGCAAAAACAAUUGGAAAAAUUAUCACAUGAAAUAAAUGAAUCUACUUUUGGUCUCGAGCAUCUUUUGAGAGAAGUGGGUCAGAUUUAUGAAGCUUUGGAUGCACUACCUGAACCGGAUAAAUGUUUUCUUGAACUACCAAAAAUUGUAGCUGAUUUGAUGGUUCAAGGGUAUCCUAUUGAGCUGCUGGAUGGUGACACUUCUUAUGUGCCACUGAAAUGGGUCGGAGCCAUCUUUGACAAGUUAAUUGAGAAAUUAGGAGAUCAAAAGGUGUUUGUUCUUUCUGUACUUGGUAUCCAGAGCACUGGAAAAUCAACACUACGGAACGCCAUGUUUGGACUUCAGUUUAAUGUCAGUGCCGGGAGGUGCACCAGGGGAGCAUUUAUGCAACUAGUUAAGGUGGAUGAUGAGCUCAGAAAAGAGCUGAACUUUGACUUUAUGGUGGUUAUUGACACUGAAGGGCUUCGGGCCAUACAGCUAGAAAACAGAUCAGCACUCAGCCAUGAUAACGAGCUAGCCACUUUUGUCAUUGGUCUUGGCAACACAACUUUGAUCAAUAUUUUUGGAGAGAAUCCUUCUGAAAUGCAAGAUAUCCUACAGAUCACUGUCCAGGCAUUUCUGAGGAUGAAGCAAGUAAAUCUCUCCCCAAGCUGUUUGUUUGUGCACCAAAAUGUUGGAGACAUAACUGCAAAUGAAAAGAAUAUGGAAGGACGAAGACGCCUUCAGGAAAAAUUAGAUGAAAUGGCAGUUACUGCAGCCCAGCAAGAGUCCUGUGAUGUUACCUGCUUUAGUGAUGUUAUCCAAUUUGAUGUGAACACCCACAUUCAUUACUUUCCUCACCUCUGGGAAGGAAACCCACCGAUGGCACCUCCAAACCCCAGUUACAGUCAAAGAGUGCAGGAACUAAAGAGGGAAAUUCUCAUGGCUGCCAAAGAAAAAUCUGAACAUAGUUUUCUAAGACUGUCAGAAUUAAAAACACGCACUCAGGACCUGUGGGAGGCUUUGUUAAAUGAGAAUUUUGUAUUCAGCUUUAAAAAUACACAGGAGAUUGUUGUAUACAGCAGACUGGAAAAGAACUAUAACACAUGGACCUGGGAACUGAGAAGUUUCAUGCUUAAUCUGCAGAACAAGCUGAACGUCCAAAUUCAGAAUGGAAAAAUCUCCAAAAUAGAUAGAGUAGAUCUUGAAAAAAGAGUUCAAGAAAAAUAUGAUGCCACUGAAAAGGAUCUAGAAAGGUAUUUUAGGGAUGACAAGGACUGUAACAUACUGAUUCAAUGGAAAGGAAAUAUUAAAACAAAAAUGAACUUUUUCAGACAAGAACUGAUUGACAAAUUUUGUCAAAAGGGUCAAGAACUUAUCAAUCUAAAGAAUUGUCAAAGUAGUUUUGAACAAAGGAAAUCAACUUAUAAAGACGAGUUGCUUAGAAAAAGCAAGGAGUUAGCCCGACAUUUCAGAGAUAAGGAAUUGAGUGAAAGUGAGCUUAGCGAUCGCUUUAUCAGAAUGUGGAAUGAAUGGGUGACUGAGGUGUCCUCUGCUGCCCCUCAUGUUGAAGAGCCCAAUUUUAAAGCUGAUAUGGAGAUUUUCCUUUACAAUCAUUUUAGAUCAGAACAAGAUAUAAGUAACAGGAUUAGAACAUCCUCUGAAUGGACUCAUUUUCCUCUGAACCCUUCUGAGCACAUCUCAAUGAAGAGGAAAUGGUAUUUAGUGAGGAAAAAGACUACUAAAGAAUGUGAUGUUGAGAAUUUAAAGACAAUGACAGCACACCUAGAGCAUCAUAUCUAUGAAUACAUUGAGAACAAAGCGCGCGAGAUAAUGAAUUACAGUCCCAGUUACUUUCAUGAAAUAGUGGAGUUAAUAAGCAAAAAGUUGGAAUCGGAUUCAGAGGAUGACAAUUUUACAUUAACCCGCUCAUACAAAGUGGAUGUCUCUCUAUAUUUAUGCCAAAUGGCCACAAGAAAGUUUAGCGAGACAUUCAAAGCAUCCCAGAAAUCAGAUGAUCCAGUCCAGUAUCUUGAAAGUAAGAGAGAGGAAUUCUUUGACUCUUUUAAAAUCGCCUGCCAAGGGGCAACAUCCAUCACAACUUUUGCUGAUAUUUUAUGCAGCAAUCUUAAAUCUGCUCUCUGCCAUGCAGUCUAUGACAAGACUGCCAUUGACAUAGCAAAUGAGAUGAGGUCGAAGCAUCCAGCCUUCAAUGGCAAUAGAAGCAAACUGGAACUGUUCAUGCUGCGUUGUCUUUUAAAGCAGGAAGAUUUUGAAAAAUACCAACAGUAUCUUUAUAACCCAAGGUAUUAUAUGGAGGAUUUUAUCAGACGAGAAGUUGAUAGGUAUUGUUUAGACAAAAAAAAUCCAAAAUUGAAAAAUGUCUUAAAUGGAAAUCUUGAUUCUCUCCAGACUCUUGUUGUUUCGACAAUUCAUGAAUCAACUAAAGUUGUUAAAGAUAAACAUGGCAACGUAGCCUCAUGGUUGGAUGAAUUUUGUACCAGGCUUGGAGAUUAUAUGUACCUUCCCAGAAGCAAUCUGACAAUCAUUGAACAUCAAGAGACAAAAGACAUACAAUUUCUUACAGACGUGGUGUGUGAGUCACUGAUCCCUGCCUUAGAACAGCUGAAACAAACAUUCUCCGAGAUUGAUCUGGAUCCGUUUGUCACAAAACCCCAUCAACUCCUAUUUGAGCAGCUCAGUGGGUGUUUGAAGCAAUGUCCCUUUUGCAAGGCUGUCUGCACGAACACAAUUCCUGGUCAUGAUGGAGAUCACAGCGCUCUUUGUCAUCGUCCUCAGGCUCUGACUGGCAUCCAGUGGGAAGGAACAAAUCAUCUAGUCACUGACAUUUGUACCAGCCUUGUAGCAAGGGACUGCAAAAUAGUGCUUGAUGGAAAAAAAAUUCUGUGCAAAAAUUAUCGAGAAGUAGGACCUGACCAUGCAAAUUGGGACAUCAAACCCGUUACCUCACAACUGUCUUAUUGGAAAUGGUUUGUCAGUCAUUUCAGAUCUGACUUAGAAAAAGUGCAUAAUGGAAAAUUUGAAGGCAAGGGGGCAAUCCCGACUGAUUGGAAUGACUUAAACAAGGACAAAGUACUUGAUGAGAUGCUGUUAAGGCUGAUUGUCUUUGAUGGAAGAAUCAAUUAGAUGUGAGAAAUUUAUGUUUUGAAAAGGAUAUUGAAAAAUAUUUGCAAUGAAUAUUGCUUGAAUAGCUUUAGGAAGGAACUUUUUCUAUCAAAAAUAAAGUGAAGUGUGUUGGAGGGUUUGUCAUAUUUUACUUUGAAAAAUACCACCACCACCACCAACAAAAACUUAGUAUUUUUUGUAGGGCUCAAGGGAGAAGUUGCUGUGAAACUUUCCAAAAGAAACUUCCUUCUUCAUAAUAGAAUUCACCAGUUCCCUCAUGCUUUGUUCCACUUGGAAAGCCAUUCCUGAAAAUUAAUUCAAAUGCAGUGGGUCUUCUUUGGUAGCAACAAUUGCAAGAACACAGAGAAUUUAACAGUGGGAGAGGACUCUCGGGUUACGUGGCAAGGACACUUAAACUGAGGACAAUACCAAAUUGAUAAGAUCUUUAUUAAAAUGAAUGAAAGAACAACAAAUGCUAUGAAACUCAGGGUUACAAAGCAAUAAUACAACUCUGUGACUCCUGUUGGUAACAUCUCUAUUAGAGAUAACUACUUAGCCUAAAAAGAAGAACAGGAGUACUUGUGGCACCUU